AUGCAGGCACGGUCCCUGACCGAAGGGUCGCACAGGUUCUUGCACAAGUGUGCGACUUCUGGCAACACAGACGCCUGCUACAUUCUCGGCAUGUUCUUGCGCGUAACACUCACACCGGUCAUCCUCUCCCUUGCCUUGCCACAGAUCAAGUUCUACUGCCUCGGGGAUCACCAGCACGGAGCCACGCUAUUGGCCAAGGCGGCUCUCGCGGCGCACCCGCACGCGCUGCACUCGCUCGCCGUCAUCCACUUCAACGGCAGCGGCGGCACGCGCCACGACCGCGACCUCGUGGCGGGGGUUCUGCUCUGCGCGCGCGCCGCGGCCGCGGGACACGUGGAGGCGCUUCGGGAACUGGGGCACUGCCUACAGGACGGGUGCGGCGUGCAGCGGGACGUUCCCGAGGGCCGCCGGAUGCUGCAGGAGGCGAACGUUCGCGAGGCGGCGCGCGCGCUUGCCUGCUCCGUGGCGGUGCCUCGGUGUGUUGCUCCGCUAGUAUUAGCCCCGCGGGGCGCUGCGUCGCAAUGCGGGACGAGCGGGACGUCUAAUUGCAGUGACGUGCAAGCUUCUCCCGCCGCUCUUCCAGUAGCUUCAGCUGGCACUGGCUCUUUCGGUUCAAAUGAAAACUGUGCACUGGGUGCGCAAGAGGGUAGCACGAAGGGCGAGGUGCACGCGUCAAGACCUCGUGUGCUGAUGCGUGCUGCUGCGAUUCCAAGCACGUUUGCACGCGAGCACGCGUGUAGCACGGGUUCCUGGAGCCAAGCUGUGCGGGCGAUCGGAGACAAGGAAGCAGGAGUUCCGGUGCUGCUCUGCGUGCGGGGAGGCUAA